UGAUUGGUCGAAUGCAGCCCCACCACCCGAUCAGCUGACUCUUUGUUACAGCCGGCAGAAGCGGCCCAAGUCUCCCCCAUGAUGGACUGAAACCAGCACGAAAAUGCUCCGAAAGCGUCUCGAGGAGGAGAAGCCGCCCUCCAAAAGCGUCUUCAGCAGCCUCCUGGUCAAGUCGCCGGAUUUGGCCUCGAAGAGCAUGUCUUCGGACAUCAUCGAGUCGGUGCUGGUGGACACUCCAGCCCCCUCGUGCUCGCCCCGCAAUAGAGGACUCUGCGUGACCACCGCAUCCUUGACGUAUCGAUUAGAGAGGGAGCUGCGAGCGGCCAAAAGGACACAUCUCGCCUGCGGGGAAGUCCUGCUCCCCAGUGGACUCCUCCACAGGAUUUCGCGGGACAUCUUAGCGAUGGCCGAGUCGGAACUCUGCGGAAUUCGGGGCUGUCUCAUUUGUGUCAAUUUCGAGGGGCUGGAACAGUGCAGGAAACUGGCGAGCUUCAAGUGUGACCCCGAAACAGCCACCACUUUUGAACUCAAACUGACCUUCAAACAAAACCCAACCGGCUGGAAUUUCAUACCACAAUUCAUCAAGAAUCUAGCCACGGGGGGCACCAUCGUAGUGAGUCCGGCGUACGUACUGACCAAGAAAAAAUUAUACCGUUCGAUAUUAGAAUAAAUCAAGACUGAACCAGUGACUGAUUUUUGUACUAAAUGUACAAGGAAUGAGCCUUUCUUUAAGAGACUGCACGAUCAGUGAUAACAAAGAGUGAUUUAUUUCGAAAAGUACCUGCAAAAUCUGUUCCGAGUUGCCGCGACCGUAAACAACCAGUUGUCUAGGCAACAAAUGUACAUUACCUAGGCAACAAACCCGUUGCUUAGUAACUAACGUUUGUUGCCUAGGUGACGAUUCCAGUCGCGGCAGCUCGGACCCACGUCCAAUUUUUGUUAGAUUUUUAUAAAGUUGAGGCGGCGUGACUGUCCAGAAUGUAUUUUCGUUUGUUUUUGUGAUAGAAAUCACACAGUAUUGUUUUUCGAUAUUAUUCAAGUAUUAGGGAUGCAAACCGUGUUGAAAGAAUAAUUUAGUGUUUAAGAUUCUUGUGUGAUAGUAAAUUUUUGUACUUUAUCAGAAUUUAUUAUAAAUAAAUACAUGUGAAACAUGA